AUGAGUAAUUCGCCGUUAUCAAUGGGGGAAACCCCCUCUGAGUUGGUCCUCACUCCUUCUCGUACUACCGAAGACGCUGACAACGCGUGGGAAAAAAACAAACAGCAAAGCGAAAAAUAUGUAGAAAUAAAUCACGAAAAAAAAAAAGCACUUCUCGGGGAUGAAAAUGGUAAAUCCCCCUGGGUUAGCGAAAACACAAACAGCCUGAAUUGUGAUGAUGUGAAAUACAACCACUCCCCUAGCUCAAAUAGCGACAUCAUCGGAAAAAUGAAAGCAUACGCUCCAUUUAAGCUGAAAGUGGGUGCUGUGUCUGGGGAAAGAGUAAAGAAAAACUGCGCAAUAAAUGAAAAAUAUCAUAAAGCAAAAAAUGAGUACACAUCAAACACAGCAGAUGUUCCUCCUUUUAAAAGCGCAAAUAAGUAUGCCUCAUGCAAUUGUGCAGUUCUGCAUAAGAAUAUGAUGAGCACAAACAAAAAGGAAAAUGAGUGCACCGAUAUAAAGCAAAUACACAGCGAUUUUAUUUAUUUAAUUAUAAAAUAUCUAUACUAUGAAAGAAUUCUCCCGGAAGCAAAUGAAGUAAAAAGGAAGAUAAGUAAGUACUUCCCAGACUGUGGGAUCCUCAACACAAAUUUCGUAAACAUAUGUAGGGAGGAUAUCAGUCAGAGAUUUUUAAUAUGCAGGAUAAAUUCACAUGAAGAAGAAAAUGAAGAAGAGGUAGAAGAAGAGGAAGAAGAAGAAAAAAGAGAAAAAACAUAUUUUAGGAAGACAUUUAAUAACGAAAAUAUCUGUAUAUACCUCAGAGAUAUAUCCAAAGAUUUCUUUAUAAAUCCUAAUGACGAUACUGAAAGCGUUUUGCAGUACAUCCCUCUCCUGUUCAUUCAUAUUAUUGACAGGUUUAGGUUACAGUCCAGUGACAAUAAUCACAAGGGAGGGAGAUACAUCUUGGCCGAAACGCUAAAACACACAGGCCCAUAUAUUUUCAGAACGAUGAAGUUAGGAAGAAUAAUACACAUACUCCAAAAAUGCAUCGACUUGAACAUCCUCUCGUACUACAACAAUAAUAUUAUUCCCAUAUUUACCUCGAUGGCUAUUUCCAAAACGUAUGUUUCAAAAAUGCUGGUUAAUGAAACUCCCGAUUCAAAGAAUCACAAGGAAAAUUCCAUAACUAUCAUAAAGGAUAGGAUCUAUCGUCUUCUCCAUAGCUACUCAGAGGAUAAAACAAAGGGAAAAGGCUUUUCACUAAGCAGGUUACCCCUCAUUUACAAAAAUGUGUACAAAGAAAGCAUAAACAUAGAUCAAAUAGGAUACUCGAAGCUGACAGAAUUUAUAAAUAACGAGCUAAGUGACAUAUGUUUCAUUUCCACGCAGCAUAAGUUCCAGUGCAUACUUAUGCCCCUUAUGGAAAAUGAGCAAAAACACCGGGAUAAAAAUGCAAAACUAAAAAAGGAAAAACAGUUAAAAGAGUCCCUGGACUACAUAAAAAAUUACCAAUGGGAAAGGUGCAUAUCGUAUUUACACUUUGCAAAUUAUUUCAGAAACAAAAAGACGAAAUCCCAAGUAAAGCGAGCAGCUCCAAAAGAUACCAUAGAGCAACUAAUAAACAACAGCUUUCUCAUUAAGCAUAAAAAUUACCUUGAUCGCACUUUAAAAAACGGUUCUGAUGAAAACGUCCCAUUGCUAUUACCCUUGGAUGUUUUCAAUUUGCCAUCAUCGUAUGAUAUGUACGAUGCCUACCAUAAGUCAGAAACCUAUUACAGUACAAAUCCUACAGAAGACAAUUCGGUCAUCAAAUGCAUAAAUAAUAUGCAAAGCAAAUGCAGCAUCUUAUAUGAUCUUAAAAAAUGUGUUUCUAUGGAUAUUUCCAUUGAAGAGUCUGUAAAUAUUAACCACAUGUAUCAUAGUUACCCAUCUUCAUAUAAUGUGUUCCACUCUCUUUUUAAGGACACCAUAGAAGAGAUUCCCAUUGUUGAUCAACAUCGAAUGCAAAUUUAA